UAUAAUUGAUACCCUGAAGAACCACUCGUGGCAGACUCUGCUCAAGUGCUUUUACCUAGUAUGGGAAUUUUUCAGCAGAGACAUAAAUCGACACAAAAGUCAUUCUGUCUUUCUUACUGAUUAUCGAAUAAGGACAGGAUGACUCUUGUAUCUUUGUGUCUCUUGCUGAAAAGCUCCCUUCAUUGGUUAACACUUAGUGAGUUUGCUCAUUUUUGUAAUUUUUAUUUCAUCUAAAGAAUCAUAAUAAACCCCAGAGUCUGGACAUGCCCUAAAAAUGAUGUGAAAUUUGCUCUCAAUUGGUGAUAUGUAUAUGCGUUCUCGAUUAGGGCCGUGUUCCAAAUUUACUGCCAGCACUGCAAAUGCUACAAUAAUAAGUUAGUUUACGUUAUUUGCAUUAUAGAUUUUCAGUACUGGCAGUCAAUUUUGGAACACAGCCUGGUAUUGCCAUUGUGUGGGCUCGCCAAUCACAAGAGAGGAUAGAGAUGGCCAGACUCUGAUAUUUUAGAAGCCAUUAAGAAAGAAGAAGUUCAAAUUUGAUAACUUUACAGGAAGCGUGGAAACUGUCGACAAUGUACAUGCAUAGUUGUACGUAGUCCAAAUUACGUUUUUAUGCUGCCAUCAUGUCGUUUAUGUCAUCUUCAAUAAGGAUGUACGCGCGAAGAAUAAAUAAACAGCUGUUAGCGCACAACACUUCGGUUAUUAAACAAAUAGUUCGAAAUUUGGAGGUGCAUGAGCACAUGGCGUACACUUUAUUAAAAAAAGCUGGCAUUCCUACUCCGCCUUUCUGGGUGGCAAAGACAUCCGAUGAAGCUGCCACUCUGGCCAAGAAUCUGAAUACGAAGGACCUCGUACUGAAAGCACAAGUUCUGGCUGGAGGUAGAGCGAAGGGACACUUUAAGAGUAGCAAUGUUAGCGGCGUUGUAAUGUGCGAUACAAUCAAACAGGUAAAAGAAUUGGCAGAUAGUAUGAUUGACAACGUGCUUGUGACUCGACAGACGGGACCAACUGGAAAGAUAUGCAAUUCUGUGAUGGUGACAACGCGUAUGUUUCCACGUAAAGAGUAUUACAUGGCGGUGAUGUUGGAACGUACCUUCAAUGGGCCUGUAAUAAUCGUUUCCAAGCAAGGCGGAGUAAACAUUGAAGACGUCGCUGCUACGAAUCCCGAAGCUAUAGUAUAUGUACCGAUCGAUGUGAAGAAAGGUUUAACACCCGAACAAGCGAACAACAUCGCCGAUAAGCUGGGACUCGUGGGAGCCAGCAAGGAGAUCGCGUCGCUCGUCGCCUCCAAUCUCUACGACUUGUUCGUUGAGAAGGACGCCCUGCUGCUCGAGAUUAAUCCGUUCGCAGAAGACAUCUGUGGCGAAUAUUACGCUCUGGAUUGCAAAUGCAAAUUUGACGACAGUGCCGAUUUCCGUCAGAAGGAGCUGUUCGCUCUGAAAGACACAACCCAGAUGGAUCCGAAAGAGGUCGAGGCGGAGAAGUAUAACUUGAGUUACAUAGCUCUCGAUGGAAAUAUUGGCUGCAUGGUGAACGGGGCCGGACUGGCGAUGGCCACUAUGGAUAUCAUAAAACUCUACGGCGGUAUGCCGGCAAAUUUUUUGGAUGUCGGCGGCACUGCUACAGUCGAGACAGUGACGGAAGGCUUCAAGAUACUAUCUACGGACCCAAAUGUGGAAGCUAUUUUGGUGAAUAUUUUUGGCGGCAUAACGAAAUGUGAUAUAAUCGCUCAAGGGAUCAUAGAUGCUACGAAACAGUUGAAUAUAAACGUACCCAUAAUCACGCGAUUACAGGGUAAUAAUGUCGAUAAAGCUAAACAACUGAUAUUAGAUGCUAAACUAAAAGUAAUUCCCGUGAACAGUUUUAUUCAAGCGGCCAAGACAUCUGUCAAGUUAGCAUUGAUGAUGAAUAUUGCGAAAUCUUCGGAUUUAGAUAUCACUUUUAGUAUUAAAUCGCCAAAAAAGAAAUCUAAAUAAAUAAAAAACUGACAUUUUUGG